AGCCGGGCCUACAUUGUAACAUACCAUAUAUCAGUUGAUACAAGAGUUAUUAUAAGCUGUACAAGACCAAAACAAGCACUAUCUUGUGGCACAUUGGAUGGUACCUUUUGACACAAUUAGUGAAUUCAAUCAAAAUUUCAUCCUGUAAAUAAGUUUCAGAAAACACACAUUCAACUGAUUUAAAGGCUUAAAAGAUACGCCUUCAUUUCUACUAGUCAAUAUUCAAUCAAGAUGUCUGUAUUGGAAGCAUUGCAGUUUAUGGAUAAAAAAGAUCUCGAGUGUGCCAUCUGCCUCAGCAGGUUUCACCAACCAAAGACACUGAAAUGCAUGCACACCUAUUGUCUACAGUGUAUCCAGAAAGAGGUAGAAACUCAUGGGAAGAUGAAAUGCCCAAUAUGUGGACAAGAACAUGGUUUAACAAAUGAAGAUGUAAAACAGCUCACUUCAAAUACAAUGACAAGUAAUUUACUAGAGUAUGUUAUGAAAACAGAGGAUCAAAAACCAACUAACUGCUCUUUCUGUGACAACCAACCAGCAUACCACUGCUCAACAUGUCAACUGUAUCUAUGUGGAGCUCAAUGUCUCAAACAACACAAGGCAGUACCUUCAACUAAGGAUCAUACACUUUACACACUGGAUAUCAUGGAGGAACAGGAUAACAGCUUAAACAUACACACAAAAUGCCCAGCUCAUUGCAACACCACACUGGAAUUUUACUGCUCCACUUGCAACAAAUCAGCAUGCAAGAAAUGUGAACAAACCAACCACUGUUACCAAAAAGAACACAAAGUUAUGCUAAUGUCAACAGCUGUAGAUGAGUUUAACAAAGAAGCCAGUGAAGUUGUCAAGCUAGCUAAUGAAGUUGAAAAUAUAUUAACAGAGAGACUAGAAUUUAUUGCUAAAGGCAGAUCAGUACAUGAUUCCCAACUAAACUUAUGCAGAAUAGCCAUUGGAAUUCAGGAGAAGAAACUGAUCAAAAAAGUUCAAGAGAAAAGCAAAGACUUAAUGUCAAACAUUGAUGAGAUACACAAACAAAUGAACAAAAAUAAUAAUACUGAAGUUAAAGAUAUUGAUUUAAGGCUGAAGCAAGUGAAUAAUGUGAUAUCUUUAAUCAAUUCAGUGUUGAACAAACCAGAACAAAGACAAAAUAUUGGAUGCUAUAAGACAAUUAUCAAUGCUGUUAGAGAAGAAGUCCUAGGUACUGAUUUUCAAAAAUUAUUUCAUAAAGAAAGUAUUAUACCAAAUUUCAUUCCAUCUACACAUAUGGAUGACUUGAUGAACACGGAAGGCAUCGGUAAAAUCACAACUGCUAAUGGCAUUUACAAAGUUGCUGAAGGUGGUAAAGAAAUUAGUGUCACAAAAGGACAAUCAUUUGUAGUGGAAGUAUGUAGUCUGGCAGAAAGUGAUGAAUACAAAUUAGAAGCACUUUUAAUAAACUCAGACGAAGAAUUAGAAACCGAGGUAGAAUACCAGGGAAGGGAAGAGUACAAAAUAACAGGUAGUUGCAAUUUGGAAGGUGAUUGGCAAAUGAAGAUAACAGCUGGAGUUGCACACAUCAAAGGAUCUCCAGUGAAUAUCAAGGUGGAGACAUUGGGACUUGUUCAUACCAUUGAUAACAUAUCAGAUUAUAAAGAACAUAACAAAACAGAAAGAGUGACAGAUGUAGCAUUAGAUACAGAUGGAUGUAUAUUAGUAUCAAGCAAUAGUAAAGAUAUAUUGAAGUUCGACCAAUCAGGUUCAUUUGUUGCUAGGAUAGAGGUUCCGGUACCACAAGAUGUAAAGGUCUACACAAUGCAUCCAGUGGGUAAUGGUCAAAUGUUGUAUGGUGACAGCUUAGAAAAAUGUGUUGUAAUGUGUGAUGAUAAAUUUCAAAAAAUUCGUUCAUUUGGUAAAGGAAUGUUAAAAAUUCCAAAGGGUUUAACUGUAAACAAGGUAACCAGGGUUCUGUAUGUAGUAGAUUAUGAUGCUCACUGUAUUUAUAAAUUUAAUGUUGAUGAUGGUAGACUGCUGGGCAAGAUAGGUUCAAUGGGUAGUAGAGUAGGCCAAAUGCUGCAACCAAUACAUGUCGCUUUAAAUAAGAAAGGUCAUGUGUUCGUUUCUGACACUGGAAAUAAAAGAAUACAAUUAUUUGAUACUAAUGAUAAGUUUAUUAGAAUCCUUGAACCUAAACGAGUGAAGUCAAAUCUUGCUAUUAAGUGUAGGCGUAAUAGUAAACCAUUAUUUGUAUCUGAUUCCAAUUCUUCUGAAGUUGAUGAUGAUAGCAUUGAAGUUUCAGAACCUCUUGCUGUAACCAUUGAUUUUGAUGAAAAUAUAUUAGUAUCAUCAUUUAAUCAUAAAUUACAAUUAUUUGAUAAAGAUGGUGGCUUCAUAAAACAAAUAGAUAUUGAAGAUGAUGGAGUAGAUUUUCCAUGUGGAAUCACUGCAAUCUGUGAUAGACCAAGAAGAGUAGCAGUUGCAAAUCACAAAGCCAACAACAUUAACAUAUUUAACUACUGAAUGACAGCACCCCAGGACAGAGCUUUGGAAAUCAGUGAUAUUUGGUUAUCCUUGUUUAAACUAUGACCAUCUACCCCCAGUCAACCCGGCCGGAACAGCUACGGGAACAGCAGCACAACCAAACAAAGCGAUCAACAUCCGUAUCACAGCAAAUGCUUAAUCAGCUUUAUUAGGGCAUCCAUACAGUUCUUAAUCAUUCAUAAAGAUGAUUUUCUUAAAUCCAAACAUUGGGACAUUACAGUCCAAAUGGUUUAUCUCAGAACCAAAUACCAUCAAUUAAAUUUGUAGUAUUAUAUGCCACAUAGUGAACCAAAAGCUUUUUAUGAUUAACUAUUAAUGUCAAUUCACCAUGCAAACCUUCAAGAAAUGUAUUGUGACUUAAUGAUUACGUCAAUAUGUAAAUAUUUUUUAUAUAUUUCAUGUAUACACUGAUUUAGAAACAGACUUUUCUCAGUUUUAUGUGAUAUUUGUUGGCUUUAGCAAUCAAGAGGCCUAUUACAAAUGAAUGAAUUGAGACACAAUAGGCCAUUUAAAGCUACUGUACAUAAAUAACUCUACUAAUAUCAAAUAAAAUACAAUUAUUUACUGUAAUAUAAAAUAAAAUACAAUUUAAAAUAGAUAUACAGGUAAAUAAUAUUAUUAUGAAACCCUGGGUUCUCAAACAAUGGGUAGCGGCCCAAACUUUUCUGAGGGUCACAAGACCUCUGACCAAAGAAAUGAAACUUUGAAGAACUGGACAUUGGUAGUUGGUGUAUUAUAAAUUUUUGUCUUCUAAUACUAAUUGCUGGUUCUAGAAUACCUGAGUGAUGACCAUUUAUUAUCCCAUCCCCAUAGUUUGUUUAAAUGGUCAUGAGCAUAGGCGAGCUGGACUUGCAUUGUUGGAGACUAUGAAUUGUUGUUCAAACACCAAUAACCCAAGCCCAAGUUCACAUUGUUAUUACAUUUUAGGAAUUUCUGAAAGGUGUGAAUUUCUAUCUUCAGCCCCUUUUUUAAUUUCACUUCUUUUUUGCAGGAAUUCUCUGCCGAAACCAAAAUAUACAAAUGGAUGUUUGCAGUAUACACCAAUUUCUCUCAAAAUUUUGCAA